CCCCGAUCUCUACGGAUUGGUUUUUGCGGUUUCACACGCGCGGUCGGGAAUCAGGGCAGCUAUGGCGACCUUUGUGAGCGAGCUGGAGGCGGCCAAGAAGAACCUGAGCGAGGCGCUGGGCGACAACGUGAAACAAUAUUGGGCUAACCUGAAAUUGUGGUUCAAGCAGAAGAUCAGCAAAGAAGAAUUUGACUUGGAAGCUCAUCGGCUCCUUACACAGGAAAAUGUACAUUCCCACAAUGAUUUCCUCUUGGCUAUUCUCACUCGUUGUCAGAUUUUGGUUUCUGCACCAGAGGGUGCUGGGUCAUUACCCUGGACAGGAGGUUCUGCAGCUAAACCUGGAAAACCCAAAGGAAAGAAAAAGCUUUCUUCAGUUCGACAGAAAUUUGAUCAUAGAUUCCAGCCCCAGAAUCCACUGUUGGGAGCACAGCAGUUUGUGGCAAAGGAUCCGCAAGAUGAUGAUGAUUUGAAACUUUGUUCUCAUACAAUGAUGCUUCCUACUCGUGGCCAGUUGGAAGGGAGGAUGAUAGUAACUGCGUAUGAACAUGGACUGGACAAUGUCACCGAAGAGGCAGUGACUGCUGUUGUAUAUGCUGUGGAGAAUCACCUUAAAGAUAUUCUGACAUCAGUGGUAUCAAGAAGAAAGGCUUACCGCUUACGAGAUGGUCAUUUUAAAUAUGCUUUUGGAAGCAAUGUGAAUCCACAGCCUUACCUAAAGAAUAGUGUAGUAGCUUACAAUAACUUAAUUGAAUGCCCUCCAGCAUAUUCAGUUCCUUCUGUUGGUCAGAAUCCAGCUUCCCACCCUCCUCCAGAUGAUGCUGAGCAGCAGGCAGCUCUCCUAUUAGCUUGUUCAGGGGAUACUUUGCCAGCCUCACUGCCUCCUGUAAAUAUGUAUGAUCUUUUUGAAGCUUUACAGGUGCACAGAGAAGUGAUUCCUACACAUACGGUAUAUGCUUUGAACAUUGAAAGGAUCAUAAUGAAACUCUGGCACCCAAAUCAUGAAGAGCUACAACAAGAUAAAAUUCAUCGGCAACGUUUGGCAACAAGAGAGGGGCUGCUUCUCUGCUGAUGUAGCAUUUGAGAUGAGGCAUUGAACUCUUAAGCAAAUCGAUGUCUUAAGAACUGGACUUUGUGUCUACAUUUCAAGGCUGAGAUGUACAACGCAUAACCACUUCCUAUGGAAAUGACAUGUUUAAAGUAUUUAUGUGCUACUGUGAAGCCAUAGUAUAAACUUGACUUUUGUUAAUGAUCUCUUCCUUAUACCUUAAGGUAUUCCUUAUACCUUAUACCUUCACUCUUAAUCCCCUUGCCCAGAGCAGAUACUGAUUCUCCUUUUGGAAUGUAAAGCUGACUUUUUUGAGAAUUUUAGUACCAGAGACUAGCUGGAAUGUACCUUUGGGCUUGGCCUUGCAGCUGUUUUGUCUGGUUUGUGUGAGUAAUUGUCUUUGAAAAGCUUUUACAUAUACUAGCUUUUACAUAUACUAGUACCUAUGAUCAGAAAAAAGAUCCAGGUGUUGAGUGAAAGACUGUUGAUCCACAUUCCAGCAGAGAUAAUGUAGACAUUUCAGUGUGAUAUUUAAAUGAUGUAAAUAGUCCUAUAACAUACCAUGCAUUUCAACUCAGUAUUGCUGCAACUGUCUACAUGCUUUUCUUUGCAUUAAAAAACCCACCAAAAACCCAACUACUAUUCAGGAAUACAAUAAUACAAAAUUACUUCCAUAGUUAACAUUCCUCCAUAAAGUUAAGUCUUCUUGCCAAGUAAGGGACUACUCCUUUAUCCAAAAAUAAAUAUCCAUGCAUGGUGAUUGGAUCUUCUUGAUUUGUGAUUUUAGAGUAACAUCUGGUUGUGCUUCUCAUGCCACCUGGAAACUUAAGAUUGUUAACAACUAGAAGUGAUAGAGGUGGACCAGUCAAAAUACAGCUCUCUGUGUAGGUAUAUAUGCAUAUGUAUUACAUGUAGAUAACUGUUUUUAUGACUAAGUUUUAUCUUUUGGUGUUAUAAAUUGGGACUUAAUUCUUAUAAAAAUAAUUACAUGGUAAAUGUAUGGCUUGUUUUAGGGCUGGAUACUUGAUAGAUAAUGGGAAGAGGUAUAAUUCUAGUUUUCUAUGUUUUGUUGAUGAGAAGACCAUGAACAGAUGGGUUUUACAUGUCAUUAAACUGGUCCAUUGAUUAUUUCUCAGUUUUUUCAUUGACAUUAUUGAUGAAAACCAAAUUUUGAUGCCUCAUUUACUGAAGUGUGGAAAACAUGCUUUUGCUAAUAAUUGAACCAGUUGUCACCCAGGAGUUCUUUUAUUAUGGGCUGAAUAUGUUUCAGAUUUGACUCUAAGGUAAACGGCCAUUUUCAUAAGGCCCUCUGAUUGCCAAGUUAAAUUUUGACAAUGGUAUUUUAUUUCCCCUUGUAUCCAAAAAUUUCAUUCUAGCCAAUGGAAAUAGUAUCACUCCUUCCAUAGAAAAUAACUAAACUGUGUUAUUUAUGGCUGUGCCAAUCCACCAACUCAAGGACAGUAAAAUGUUAAUAACUAGGAUGUGCAAAUCCUGAUGAAGGGAUAAUGAAACCUAAAAGUGAAAUAAAACCACCACAACCUUUAUUUUUAUUAUC